GGCAAGAUGGCGGUGCCUCAUGUUUCUCCGCUUCGAAAUCUCUGUCGAAUCUCUCUCAUUCGAUGCUGAUGCCAUUUAGGCCAUAGUGCAUAUUUUCAAUUCCGGGUGCAGUAAGGAUUUAUUCAAGUAAAUAUGGAACCUAGCAGUAAAACACAGUUCCAGUGCGGUGUAUGCCUUAAGUAUUUUAGAUUCAAAGCUAAUCUAAAUAGACACAUGCAGCUAAUACACAAUGAGGAGAGGGCUAAAGCUUACAGUUGUCCACACUGUUCCAAGACAUUUAAUCAGAAGGGGCACCUCGAGAGCCACGCACGGCAGCACCUCUACCCCUCCAUUCGUAUGUACAAGCCAGGAGAAGCUAUGCUACAAUCCACCCCAGAAGCUAAAGCAUUCCGCCCAGAGUCUGCUUUAGACCAGUUGUGGUUAGACCCAGCCAGUGCAGAAGCAAAAGCCCGCCAGCUAGGCAAUGACCAGUGGCGGCUUAUGCUAGUCAUGACAUUUGGGAAAUUCCAGGGCAAGUCUUACAAGUGGCUCCUUGAAAAUGAUGUUGGAUGGGUGGUCUGGCUGUUGGCUGAAUACUGUCUGAAGGGAGAGUCCAAUAUGCAGAUCAAAUGGCAGAAGCAGCAGCUGCUGGACUUGGUGAAAGAAUUUCCUGCUGUGAACAUUCACCUGGAGAGAAAGUUACAGAAAGCUAAAGAUAUUGAGGGAGCAGAAAGAUCACUGAUGUUGGCAAAAGAGAUGGAGGAAGAUCCUGGAUAUGUUGAGGAUUCCAUUCUGUUGACACAAGCAGAGGAAGCAUUACAGCAGAGCCAGGUAUCUACCCACCUGACCUCUGUAAAGGAGCUGGAGAUCACUGCGGAGUUCACCCCUGAUCCAGAGGCCCCUGCAUUGGAAGGGUGGCAGAGGUCGUGGGAGGGAAGCCCAGACCCUAACAUCAAGUGGCUCAAGGAAAAUGAUGAGUAUGGACUUUUUACUGCACCAAUACCAUACAGAAGUGCCAGUGGGGAAGUUGUGUAUAAGAGGGUUCUUAAGAAAAAGAUCAACUUUUACCCACCACCAAUGCCAAUUUCUAUUAAGGCAUCACUGCCCUCAAUGUAUGCCUUCUUCACAUCGCCUGUGAUAUUCUGGAGACCAGUAGGGGUCAUGGAGGCCAAGAUACCAUGCCCAAAUAAGGACUGUCCUGCUCCACCUGGAAGUUUCUUGUCCAAGCAUGGCUUUGGGUCAACUGCCAGGCAGGUGUGUGGAAUGCGGAGUUUUUAUACCCUUUUGACGGAAAGGCUGGUUUGCUACCCAUGCAAAAAUGCACGUCAGCAGAGGGGAGAAAAUGAGGAAACCCAGUAUUCUUUUCACAGUUACAGCCCUCGGAUUAUGAUGAAAUUGUCACCGGCAGUCCGCAGUCUCUUUCCAGCUGUCAUCUGUGGAAAAAGGGCUAUAGAUAAGGACAUAGCUGUGAUUUUGUCUGACAGGCUGAAUGCUGUGUCAAUGACCAAGGUGCACAGACUGGUACAGCGCCAACAUGACCAGUGGUACAUGGAGAGAAGAGGGAUGUACCAGACUCUGCUGUAUCAAGGUCAUAUGGACAGAAGCAGCAUCCUGUCGUACACUAAGAAAGCCGGGAGCUACAUACCACCAAUGGCUCAGACUCCACUUCCUUCAUCUCGUGUCCUGCGACGUGCCCACUUGGUGAUGGAAAUGGAAAAAAUUCCAGAAUACAGGGCCUCCAUACUCAGCACCACAGGAGAAAUCCUUUGUAUUGAUGGCACUAAACAGAUACUCAAGAAAGUGUAUGGUGAUGGACGUGGAUCACUGCAGUAUGUGACCAGCAUAUUAAAUGAAUGGGGCCAGUUCCUCACCACAGUUGUUGUAGCCUCCGAGUCCGAGGAGUGUUACAGGAGGAUGGCUCGAGGACUAAUUGAGCGUUUUAAGCGUGCUGAUGCUCCAGCCCCACGAGUUCUGUACACAGACAAUAAUUGUUGCAGGGAUGGUGGAGAAUCCUUUUAUGAGACAUUGUUCUCAGACUGGGUUGAGGAGGGCAUGGUUGUCAGACUGGAUAUCCGACACUGGCUCCACAGAUGGGACAGUGUCGUGAUAAAGCAGAGUCAUGCGAAGUAUGGUGUGUUCAUGAGCGCCCUUGCAGGAGCAGUAUUGGCAUUCAACAAGGCUGACCUGCUACAUUUGGUCAAGGCAGUGCGGGCAGGCAAUGAGCAGAUGUACUCAAAAUACUCUGACACUGAGAUGAUUGCCUUUGUCAAGCCUCACCAGUUCAAGUCUUAUGUACGGCGAGUGACACGUGGUGUAGAGGCAACAGUGUGUGCAGUAGAAGCCAUCAUAGACGAGUUUAAAGGACCAGCUGGACUCGACGUAGAUGGCAUACCCCUUUUCAAGUCUCAUGAAGCCGUGGAUAUCCACUGGGCAAGAUCUAGUCAGCACAUUAACUGUUUGCAGGAUCCUCCUGGCAUACCGCUGUAUGUAACCACUAAGACGGUGUCAAUCAAUGGUGUAGAUGUGCAGAAGUACCGUUGUCGUAGAGGAAGUAAUGCCCUUGAAGGUCUACAUUCCCACCUUGUGAAUGCUAUCCCCUCCAAAAGGUGUGGCAUCAUGCCAUUUCAGGUGUACCUGAUCAGUUUUGCUGCCCAGUGGAACCACAGGAUGGAGUCCUUGCGUGUCGCAGGUGGUCAGGGGCGGAAGUCAUCGUGCACUGAUCCCAGGCAAGUGCAGCUCUUAAACCAACAGUCAGAGGUUUUGUUUGGCAGGGAACACCUCUUUGAACCUAACUUCACUGCACCAAUGCCAUUCCCAGAGGUCUACAAUAAUGAGGAAGAAGAAGAGUUGCUUGGUAUCGAGUAUGCGUAUGCUCAGUCCACUGACUUCAAGUCUGCAUCAUACUAUGUGGAGAAGGUUGAGGAAGAGCAGUCAAGGGAGGAUGGUGAUGAGGAAGGAGCUCAGACAGAUGAUGAGGAAGAUGAGGGCAUCGUAGAAGAUGAGGAGGAGCAAUCCAAUGAUCCUUUGGAUGAAGUAAACGUCAAAUACUCUAUUUUCACCACCUCAGAGCAAGUCACAGAGCUGUCAAACCCAGUGCUGGAAGAUGUGCUCAUGGGUCCCAGCCAUUUACACCUGCCUGGUUAUGAAGAGGUGGAACACCUGGCCUUGCAGCUAGUGGAAUUGGCUGCUGAAGAUGGGAAGCACCUUGUGCCACCGACACUUAGAAACAAGAUCAUAACCGCUGCUUCAAACCUACAGGAUCAUGAUAAGUCGACAACCAAUUUUGUCAAGAAAUACGAAUCUAAGUGGGGUUACACCCUCUUUGGUCGAUGCCUUGGUCCAGAUUCUCCACAGUCCAGUGCAGCUCAAAAAACAAAAUUUGGCUGGAUGAGAUACGCACAAGCGGCACAAAUCACAGAGGAGUCCAGGCUUUUGUACUUGCUCAUAAAAAUCCUGAAAAACAAGCCACCAACGUGUUACACCAGUUCUCCGUCCAGAUUGUCUUCACUCAUCAAGGCACACUACAAACGCAUAGUAGAUCGAGUGAGGGACGACCCCAUGCUGUGCAGUCUGAACUUGCCUCUACCGAAUAUAAAUGCUAAAUCCAUCAGUGCAUUUCUGACCAAAGAGGAGAAGAAAGCAAACUAUGUCGCCACUUCCUUGCCGAAGGUCAAGACCCAUCAGCGAGUGUUAUCUGAAGCAGCAAUUCCAGAGGCUGACACCUUGCCAUCGGUGCUCUUACCACCUAGACGGCCACAGGUGCAGUACCCUGUAGUACCAUUCAUCAAAGGCAUCAGGCCUGGGCAAAAGAGGAAGUUAGAUUUUAAUGACAUUUCUCCGCAGACUGAGGGUGAUGUUGCUUCUGCAUCAAGCAAAGUUAAGAAGGAAGACAUUAAGCCAAAACCUGUAAAUGCCCCUGUUCUUAUAGUGCUCCCCUCUCAGCCAAAGGGCCCGUCUGUGAUUUGUCAGCCUGGAGGUCCUCCCGUAAUCAAGGCACCACUACCACCACUGCCAGCAAAAAUUACCAUGCCAAACAAAUCAUCGAAACCAUGUGCACUGUGUAAAGUACCCAAAUGUGGUGGAAAAAGGAGGAGAUACACACCAUCAAAGGAAAAAACAAGCAAAAGCAAACAAAAAAUUUUUACUUUUUGUCCGACAACAAAAAUGUCAACGACAGCAGGAUUUGAAAAGGAAGUUUUUAAAGAUUAUGAGGAUUUUAAGUCUUUUGUAGACCAAAGAUUGGCACAGCUCUAGUGCCCAAAUUAUAAUGUUACAUGAAGAUAGAACUAAGACUUUUUUGUGCCCAAUGCAUGCCAUGAGUCUGUGAAAUCUCCAAAUACUGCUAAUGACUUUUCUUUUUUUUUUUUAACUGGACUUCACUCGCAGUGAUUUGUAUUUUUGUAUGCAAGGUGCCAAAGAAACUGUUAAUAUGUAUUAUUUUUUAUAUUUCAGUCAGUAGAGUGCUCAAACCAUGUAUGUAAGGAAAAUGAAUUUCUUUACAUUGAAAUCAGUAUUUUGUAUGACUAGUUGCAUUCAAGAGAUUGUGUGAAAAGCAUUUUGUAUGCAGCAGUUUGUAUUUAAUUCCAUGCAUCAGAGGCCAAAGAAACUGUAUAUAUGUAUUAUUUUUUAUAUUUCUGUAGGUAGAUUUUCCUCAAACCAUGUAUUUUAUGAAACAUGAACCUCUUUACAUUGUCAGUAUUUUGUAUUACAAGUUGUAUUACAAGCAAUCAAUUCCCACAAGAUUUUUUUCUUUGUUUUACCAAAGGUGAAAUGAUUGUGUGAAAAACAUUUUGUAUGCAGUGGUUUGUACUGUUUUCUAUGCAACAGAGGCCAAAGAAACUGUGUAUUAUUCUUAUAUUCCAGUCAGCAGACUUGGAUCAAACAUAUAUUUUUGUAAAAUGUGAUUUUCUUUGCAUUAUCAUUGAGAAAAUCACAGUCGGUCAGUUUUUUUGACUGUUUUUAUUUUCUAUUUCCAUGUAGAAUGUUGAGCAGAUUGUGGGAAAUGCAUAUUACAUACUGUCAUUUAAAUAUUUUCAGUUGUAUUAGUUGUGCAAAAUGUAUAUUCAGUGAUUUUUCUAUGCAACUGGUACCAAAGAAACCAAAUAUGUUCUGUCCAAUGCAGUAAUGUUGCACAUGCUUGUUGUUCAUAUUUGUGCAUUUUCAAUACUCAUGUUGUUUCAGUAACUUUUUGUUCAUUUUUUCCAUAAUAAA